AUGGCGCUUCCGAACAGCCGAAACUUCGCCAACUGUUACAUGGAACUGUGUAAGCAGCAACGGCUACGUCCACUGCCUGUCAUCUGCGUGACUCUGCCCCACAGUUUAGAUUUCACAACCGAUCGCGUGAAAAUGGACGAUUGGGGUCCGAUUUUAAAUUCUUUGUCCCUCGAUCGUAGUCUGCGAUCGAUCAGUGUUCGUAGUAGAUAUCAAUGUCGCAAACCAUUGGAGGAAAUAAAUUCGGAGGACAAAGCAAGAACGAUGGGCAAGGCACCCGUGGUACUAUCUCGUUAUCUUCUCGAGUGGUUAUCUCAUAGCGUCGGACAGUGCAUUAGAAAUUCGCCAACGUUAUUUAGCCUGGAACUGGAGGGCAUACCAUUUCCCCCGGAUUGUUUAGCAGUGUUGUGUGUUGGUCUAUCACACACCAACACUCUUCGUUCCUUGUCUCUUCAGCGUUGUUACAUCGGAGACAACUCCUGUGAGCUGCUGUGCCGAACAGUGGCAGAUGUACCAAGUGUUAGAUCACUGAACCUCAGCUACUGUGAUCUGACGAGCAAAUGCGGACCAGCCUUAGCGGCUGCUCUGUCCAGACAGAAGCUGCUGCUGUACCACGACACUUGGAAGCAAUCUCUGAGGUACCAGGAGCCGAAUCUCGAGGCAAUGCCAGGGUUGCGUCGACUGACUUUGAACGACAACCCUCAGUUAGGAGACACAGCAGCCACGGAGCUGAUCGAGGCUAUCAGAGACAGUCUGUGGUUGAAAGCGAUAGAUCUUCAGCGUUGUGGACUGUCCGAUAAGAUCGGCAAGGAUCUCCUGGAGCUGCUAGAUCACAACACCACCCUGAAUAUUCUCGAUGUGAGACAGAAUGUGAAUUUGAACGAGAGACUGGUGAAGGAGAUAAUCAAACGUUUGGAAGAGAAUAGUUCUGAUACAAAGUGCGAGUACAGGUGGCUAAGUUUACCUCAGCAAGAUCGGAAAGUGAUAUCAGCAGGCAACAGGAAGAGAAACGAGAUAGAAAAUAAUAGGAAACCUCUGAUGAGACCACGUAGCGCCGUGGUGGAGUACAUGAAGAGGCCCUAUCAAGCUCCAUUAAGGAAAGCGGUUAAUUCUGUGAACGAUGCGAAGAAGACGAAGACGAGACUCAAUGGCCCAGGGUUUAAAAACUUAGCAGCACAACAACGACAGCAACAGCAGCAGCAGAUAGUUCAAAAUGGACAAACCAAGUCGAAAAUCACUCUCCACUUAGAUCUUCAAUCCCGUAUCAAACCCGUGAUAAACGAAACGAUGAAGAACGAAGAAGAUGACCAGACUUACGAGGACAGUGUUCAGCCGGACAGCGAGAGGACGUCGUCGAAGAUCCUGAAUCCAUCAAAAGUGGAUGCUGCUACGCAGAUGGCCCGUAGUUUGGAGAUGGAGAUGGAUUCCGCCAGGAUCGAGAAUAUCCAGGUUCAACUGAUGGAAGCGAAAUCGGAACACUACCGUCUCUUGGAAGAGCUUAAAAACAGCAGCGUGCUGUUAACGGAAGAACGAAAACGUCGCGAGGCCGCUGAAGAGGAACUGCAAGCUAUGAAGAGCAAUCUGAUAGAACUGGAGAACACUUUGAAGGACAAGGAGAACGAAACCAACGGAUUCGUGCUGCUUAGUCAGCAGUCUUUGGAUGAUAUUUGCACCUCCUUCGAUCGUCUACUGGAGAUGCUGGACAGCGUGACGAAGAAUCCGAAUGCUAGCCGAAGAGAGACAACCGAGGCGGCCAUUGUUAAGGCUGAUAUCAAGAGACGAGUCGCCUCCGUCAUUCGACAAACGAAAUCAGAGAACCUGAGGAGAGGAUUCGUCGUGGACACCGACGAGGAUGAAAUCAUCGGGUACACUGAACCUGUCAGGAAGUUCGCCAAGUCUGAAAGCGACAUGAGGAAUUCUGUUGCUCCAAUUUCGACCAUGCACAUGGAAAGGAACAUAGGUGACACCGUGGACGUUCGUUCACCGAUCUUGGAGAGCGUUUUGUAUCACGAUAAAGAGAUGUCUCCUCGGGCUAGAGCCAGGGCAUUAUUCGCCCAGAUCGUUCAAGGAGAGCCUGUGUUCGAAUUCUGCACUCACGUGGAUUAG